AUGGCAACAUUUUCUGUGGUUUCAGAAAGACCAAAUUUUCCAAAAUUAGAAGAAGAAAUUCUUGAAUAUUGGAAAAAAAUUAAUAUAUUGGAACUUACUUUAAAAAAGACAAAAGGAAGACCAAAUUAUUCAUUUUAUGAUGGUCCCCCAUUUGCAACAGGACUUCCACAUUAUGGCCAUAUACUUGCAGGUACAGUUAAAGAUGUUGUUACAAGAUAUGCGACUCAAAAAGGAUAUUAUUGUGAAAGAAGAUUUGGAUGGGAUUGCCAUGGAUUACCAGUAGAACAUGAAAUAGAUAAACAACUAAAUAUAACAAGUAAAGAAGAUGUUUUAAAUAAAGGAAUAGAUUUUUAUAAUGAAUCUUGUAGAUCAAUAGUAUUAAGAUAUACUCAAGAAUGGAGAUCAACAGUAGAAAGAGUUGGAAGAAUGAUAGAUUUUGAUAAUGGUUAUAGAACAAUGGAUUUAAAAUAUAUGCAAACAGUAUGGUGGGUAUUUAAACAACUUUUUGAGAAAAAUCUAGUCUAUAGAGCUUAUAGAGUAAUGCCAUAUUCAACAGCAUGUGCAACACCACUUUCUAAUUUUGAAUGUAAUCUUAAUUAUAAAGAUGUAAAUGAUCCAUCAAUAAUCAUAACAUUUCCAUCAGUAGAUGACCCAAAUAUACAAUUUUUAGCAUGGACAACAACUCCAUGGACUCUUCCUUCAAAUGUAGCAAUAGCUGUUCAUCCUGAAAAGAAAUAUAUAUAUUUUAAGACACCAAAUUCACAAGAAAUAACUUAUGUUAUUGCUGAAUCAAGAUUAGAAUGGGUACUUUCUGAACUUAAGAUUAAAGAAUAUAACAUUAUUUCAGAAUGUAUUGGUGCAAAAUUACAUAAUACAAGAGUAAUACCUUUAUUUGAUUAUUUUAAAGAUCAUGAAUCUAGUAAUAAAUUCUGGAAAAUACUUGCUGACGAUUAUGUUACAGAUAAUGCAGGUACAGGAAUUGUACAUAUGGCUCCAGCUUUUGGAGAAGAUGAUUAUAGAGUUUGUGUAAAUAAUGAAUUAAUAGAUCAUCAUGGAAUCAAUUUACCAUGUCCAAUGGAUCCAAAUGGAAGAUUUACUGAGCCUGUUAGUAAUUUAAAAGGUAUUUGGUUUAAAGAUUCUGAUAAAAUAAUAAAACAAGAAUUAAAAAAAAAAGGAAGACUUUUAACUGAUAAUACAUGUACACAUUCUUAUCCUUUUUGUUGGAGAUCUGAUACACCUUUACAAUAUAGAGCUGUUCCUUCUUGGUUUAUUAAUGUAGAAACUUUAAAAGAUAAAUUAUUAAUUAAUAAUGAAAAAACUAGUUGGAUUCCUAAUUAUGUUAAAGAGAAAAGAUUUCAUAAUUGGUUACAAGAAGCUAGAGAUUGGUGUGUAAGUCGUAAUAGAUUUUGGGGAACACCAAUACCUUUAUGGGUAUCAGAAGACUAUACAAUAAUCAAAUGUAUUGAAAGUGUAGAAGAACUUAAAUCUUUAGCAUCUAAUUUAAAAGAUAAAGAAAUUACUGAUAUUCAUCGUCAUUUUAUUGAUUAUAUUGAAAUUCCAGAUCCUAGAGGUGAAAAUUAUCCACCAUUAAAAAGAAUUGAAGAAGUUUUUGAUUGUUGGUUUGAAUCUGGUUCAAUGCCUUAUGCAUCUAUUAAUUAUCCAUUUGAAAAUAAAGAAUUAUUUAAAAAUAUAUUUCCUGCUGAUUUUGUUGGUGAAGGAUUAGAUCAAACAAGAGGAUGGUUUUAUACUCUUAUGGUAUUAUCUACAGCAUUAUUUGAUCAACCAGCUUUUAAGAAUAUUAUAGUAAAUGGUUUAGUAUUAGCAUCAGAUGGUAAAAAAAUGUCAAAGAGAUUAAAAAAUUAUCCUGAUCCAUUAGAUAUUGUUAAUAAAUAUGGAGCAGACUCUUUAAGAUUAUUUUUAAUUAAUUCACCAGUAGUAAGAGCAGAAACUUUAAGAUUUAAAGAAGAAGGUGUAAAAGAUGUUAUUAAAGAUGUAUUACUUCCAUGGUAUCAUUGUUAUCGUUUCUUUAUACAAGAAGCUACUAGAUAUGAAAAUACUAAUAAUACAAAAUUUGUAUCAAAUAAUCAAGUAAUUAAAAUAACUAAUAAUGUUAUGGAUAAAUGGAUAUAUUCUGAAGCUCAAUCAUUACUUAAAUUUGUUAAGACUGAAAUGGAUGGAUAUAGAUUAUAUAAUGUUACUCCAAGAUUAAUAUCAUUUUUAGAUACACUUUGUAAUUGGUAUGUUCGUUUAAAUAGAGAUAGAAUGAGAGGAAUUUUUGGAUUAAAUGAAACAAAGAAUUCUUUAGAAAUACUUUAUCAAGUUUUAAUGUUAACAGUAAAGUUAUUAGCUCCAUUUAUUCCAUUUACAUGUGAAUUAUUAUAUUCAAAUUUAAAAAAUGCUUUAAUUAAUGAACCAGAAGAAAAUAGACCUGAGACUGUUCAUUUAUUAUUGAUUCCUCAAAUUGAAGAAGAUUUUAUUGAUAAAAAUAUUGAAGAAGCCAUUAAUCAAUUAAGAGAAAUUAUUGUAAUGGGAAGAAAUUUACGUGAGAAGAAAAAAGUUAGUGUUAAAACUCCAUUAAAAAGUAUUAGUAUUGUACAUAAAAAUAAAUCUGUUUUGGAUUAUUUAAUUGAAUCUAAAUUAAUUAAUUAUAUUAAAGAUGAAUUAAAUGUAUUAAAUGUAAUUACAGAUAAUAAUUCAGAAUUUAGCAAGAUUACAAAAUUGGUUGCUACUCCAAAUUUCAAGAUUUUAGGUUCUAAAUUAGGUAAAUCAAUGAAAGAUGUUACUAAUUAUAUUAAGAAUGAAAUGAAUAAUGAAAUUAUUGAAAAAUUUGUAAAAGAUGGAACAAUAAAAAUAUGUGGAUUUGAAUUAAAUUUAGAUGAAAUAAUGAUCCAAACUGUUGUAGAUCAUUCUAUAACUAAUUCUGAUAGCGAAAUAGUAUAUGAAGGAAGUUCAAAUUUAGUUAUAGGAAUGGAUUUUACUUCUGAUAUAGAAUUUGAGAAUAUGGCUUAUUCUAGAGAAUUAGCAAAUAAGAUUCAAAAGAUACGUAAAGAAAAGAAUAUGGACCCAGAUGCAAAUGUUACAAUAUAUCUACAAUUAAUAUCUAAUAAUGAUAAUGAUAGAUUAAGUAAAUUCUAUUCAGCUAUAACAUCUUAUAAUGAUUAUUUACAGAAAAUUAUAAGAAAACCAAUAAUGGAAUUUCCAAUCGAAGAAUCUAAAGAUUUAAGAACAAGAUUAUUAUUUGAGUGUGAGAUUGAAGUUGGAAUGGAUGAUAGAAUUAAUGUGAUAGUAAUAGAAAAUUGA